UGCGUUCAUGUUAUUUUUUAUGAGCACACACAAGCCUGGAGAGCAUACACAUUGACAUUUUUUGUAGUGUGCGUCCAUGGUUGCAUCACAUGACACGUUAAUCUUGUGUAUUUCCGCGUUCACGACAGCCAAGCUGUUAUCAAUGACUCUCCAUGGGGGUGUGCAGGGCUUUACUUAAAGCAUCAUUGCUGUUUUCAUGAUGCUCGUCUCCAGGCUGUCGCUUUUGUCUCCGCUACAGAUGAAUGAAGAUUUAACCAUCUGAGGGUCUCCUCCUCUCCAUCCUCCUCCUCCUCCUGCUCCCUCCAUCUCUUGUUCUCCAUCGAGCUUGUCGUCGAUCAGCGCAGCCGAGCUGGGGGGGAAUCCAGGGAAAGGGAGCCGCGGAGCCGCGCAUCGGCCGACGGACGUCCCGCCGCGACGUACCACCAACAUGCUCACCCGGGUCAAGUCCGCCGUGGCUGGGUUUAUGGGUGGUAUCAUGGCCGGGGGCAGCUCCGGUGGUGGGGGCAACACUGGCUCCGAGCUUCCAUUGAAAUUCCCAUAUAUGAGACCUCAGUUUCUUGGACUGUCCCCGGAUGAGAUCGAGUGCUCUGCUGAUCACAUAGCCCGGCCCAUCCUCAUCCUGAAGGAAACCAGGAGAUUACCGUGGGCCACCGGAUACGCUGAAGUGAUUAAUGCUGGUAAAAGUGCGCUGAAUGAAGACCAGGCCUGCUGCGAGGUGGUAGUAGCAAGAAGGAGGCCAAUGAGCUACUGCCCUCCAUCCACGCCCAGCAAGACCCCGACAGCCAAGAGACGCAACUCCCUACCCAACGGAGAGGGCCUGGGGCUCCAUAUGGAGCCCUACAAGCUGGGAGAGGAUGCUGAAGGACUGGUUUUUCACUACUGGGCCUUAUUCGAUGGCCAUGCUGGUUCAGGUGCAGCAGUUGUUGCUUCCCGCCUACUGCAGCACCACAUCGCCUGCCAGCUCCAGGCCGUCAUCGAGAUCCUACGCAACCUAGCCUCCCUGCCCCCGACUGUCCUGGGGGAGGACCCCGACAACAACCCCUACCUCCAGGGAAACACCCAAGGCCCUCACCGAGCCCUGACCCGGGCCGCUUCACUUCGCGGGGCCACAGGUGCACCGGGUUCCCCGUGCAGCACUCCGCCUCCGCCACGCUUCUUUACCGAGAAGAAGAUCCAGCACGAGAGCCUGGUGAUAGGAGCCAUAGAGAACGCCUUCAAAGAGAUGGACGCACAGAUUGAGAAAGAGAAGCAAGUCUAUAACGUCACAGGAGGAUGUACAGCCCUCACUGUGGUUUACUUGCUAGGAAAACUAUACGUUGGGAAUGCAGGGGACAGCAGGGCUAUCAUUAUCAGAAACAAUGAGAUCAUUCCCAUGUCGACAGAGUUCACACCAGAAUCGGAACGACAGCGACUCCAGUUUCUGGGUUAUAUGCAGCCUCACCUGUUAGGAAAUGAGUUCACACACCUGGAAUUUCCCAGAAGAGUUCAGAGGAAGGAGGUGGGCAAGAGGAUGCUCUACAGAGAUUUCACCAUGAAUGGAUGGGCAUACAAGACCAUUGAGGAUGAAGAUCUCAAGUUUCCCCUAAUAUAUGGGGAAGGGAAAAAGGCGCGGGUGUUGGCCACCAUCGGUGUGACCCGUGGACUCGGUGAUCAUGACCUUAAGGUUCAUGACUCCAAUAUCUACAUCAAACCAUUCCUUUCCUGUUGCCCUGAGGUUAAGGUAUAUAACCUGACGCAGUAUGAGCACGGGGCUGAUGAUGUUCUAGUAAUGGGAACCGACGGGCUGUGGGACGUCCUCUCCAACCAGGAGGUAGCUGAAGCUGUCACCACAUUCCUAGGCAACUGUGAUCCUGACGACCUGCACAGGUAUACAAUGGCAGCACAAGACCUGGUGAUGCGAGCUCGUGGCGUGUUGAGGGACCGAGGCUGGAGGAUCACCAAUGAGCGCCUGGGCUCAGGGGAUGACAUCUCGGUCUUCAUUAUACCGCUGAUGUACGGCAACCGCCAGCCCUGAGGAGCCCCGACAGAGAUGGCAUGGUUCGAGAACCUGCAGGGCGUCUAGGCUCUUUGAACACGAUUGAUUAAUCCUGGACUGAGAAUCCCCUUUCAGUUUCCUCAGUGCUGUUUGCACAUUUCUUUUCUUCCUUAGACCAAGGAUAUACUUGGCAGUGUUUCACAUCUCUAUAGGAGUUCAGAAUUGGUCAGCCACCAGAUUUGGCUGCUCAGGGGAACUAAAGUCAGCACUAUUUUAUUUUUUAAAAGCCUCAAAAGUCAGAAAAACAUGAUCACAUGAUAAUUUGUCAUGAAUUUGGCCUGUUGAUAGACAGUCCCAUAGGAUGCCCCUGAACUUCUACAGAGAUGUAAAAGCUGAAAAUAGGCGAAUGCUCUUCCAAAGUGAAGAAAAGACUCUUUCUGUCCUUCUUACCUCUCUCGCAGUUCUGUACAAUUCUUGGCUCAUCCUCCUCCUUCUCUUUUAGUCUUCCCCUCUUCUCCUUUACUGUACAGUCAACUCUUUGUUUAAAAAAAAAAAAA